CGCCCGGCGGAGAUGGCGGCGGGAGCGGGGCGGUGCUGAGGCCUCGGGCUGCGGCGGGGCGAUGGCCGGGGAACUGACGGACAAGAAGGAUCGGGACCCAUCCCCCGUCAAGGAGGAGAGGAAACGCUCCCGUUCCCCGGACCGGGAUCGGGACCGGGACCGCGAACGGGACCGUAAGGGUUCCCCCCCCUCCAAGGACAGGAAACGGCACCGGUCCCGGGACAGGAGGCGAGGAAGCCGAUCCCGGUCCCGGUCCCGGUCCAAAUCAGCGGAGAGGGAUCGGCGGCACAAAGAGCGGGAACGGGACCGGAGCAAGAAGGACCGGGACCGGGACAAGGAUGGGCACCGGCGGGAUAAGGACAGGAAGCGGUCCAGUUUGUCCCCGAGCAGGGGGAAGGACUCCAAAUCCCGGAAGGAGCGGGAUGCACGGAAAACGGAGGAAGAGGAGGAGAAUGCCCUGAAGAAGGAGAAGGCCCAGCCCCUGUCCCUGGAGGAGCUGCUGGCAAAGAAGAAGGCUGAGGAGGAGGCAGAAGCCAAGCCCAAAUUCCUGUCCAAGGCGGAGCGGGAGGCUGAGGCUCUGCGGCGGCGGCAGCAGGAGGUGGAGGAACGGCAGCGGCUGCUGGAGGAGGAGAGGAAGAAGAGGAAACAGUUCCAGGAGAUGGGGAGGAAGAUGCUGGAAGACCCCCAGGAGCGGGAGCGCCGGGAGCGCCGGGAGCGCAUGGAGCGGGAAACCAACGGCACCGAGGACGAGGAGGGCAGGCAGAAAAUCCGGGAGGAGAAAGACAAAAGCAAAGAGCUCCACGCCAUCAAGGAGCGUUACCUGGGGGGGGUGAAGAAGCGGCGGCGCACGCGGCACCUGAACGACCGCAAGUUUGUGUUCGAGUGGGACGCCUCAGAGGACACCUCCAUUGACUACAACCCCCUGUACAAGGAGAGGCACCAGGUGCAGCUGCUGGGUCGGGGUUUCAUCGCGGGGAUCGACCUGAAGCAGCAGAAAAGGGAACAGUCGAGGUUCUACGGGGACCUGAUGGAGAAGAGGAGGACACUGGAGGAGAAGGAGCAGGAAGAGGCCCGGCUGCGGAAGCUGCGGAAGAAGGAGGCGAAGCAGCGCUGGGACGACCGGCACUGGUCCCAGAAGAAGUUGGAUGAGAUGACAGACAGGGACUGGCGGAUCUUCCGUGAGGAUUACAGCAUCACCACCAAGGGGGGCAAGAUCCCCAACCCCAUCCGCUCCUGGAAGGACUCCUCCCUGCCCCCACACAUCCUGGAGGUCAUCGACAAGUGUGGCUACAAGGAACCCACCCCCAUUCAGCGCCAGGCCAUCCCCAUCGGGCUCCAGAACCGGGACAUCAUCGGUGUGGCUGAAACUGGGAGUGGGAAGACAGCAGCAUUCCUCAUCCCCCUUCUGGUCUGGAUCACCACCCUGCCCAAAAUCGACCGGAUCGAGGAGUCAGAUCAGGGUCCUUACGCCAUCAUCCUGGCCCCCACCCGCGAGCUGGCCCAGCAGAUUGAGGAGGAAACCAUCAAAUUUGGGAAACCUUUGGGCAUCCGCACGGUGGCCGUGAUCGGGGGCAUCUCCCGCGAGGACCAAGGCUUCCGCCUGCGCAUGGGCUGCGAGAUCGUCAUCGCCACGCCGGGCCGGCUCAUCGACGUUCUGGAGAACCGGUACCUGGUGCUGAGCCGCUGCACCUACGUGGUGCUGGACGAGGCAGAUCGGAUGAUUGACAUGGGCUUCGAGCCUGACGUCCAGAAAAUCCUGGAGCACAUGCCUGUCACCAACCAAAAACCUGACACCGACGAGGCCGAGGACCCCGAGAAGAUGUUGGCCAACUUUGAGUCGGGGAAGCACAAGUACAGACAGACUGUCAUGUUCACGGCCACCAUGCCACCCGCCGUGGAACGCCUGGCCCGCAGCUACCUCCGGCGCCCGGCCGUGGUCUACAUUGGCUCUGCUGGCAAACCCCACGAGAGGGUGGAGCAGAAAGUCUUCCUCAUGUCAGAGUCAGAAAAGAGGAAGAAGCUGUUGGCCAUCCUGGAGCAAGGCUUUGACCCACCCAUCAUCAUCUUCGUCAACCAGAAGAAGGGCUGCGACGUGCUGGCCAAAUCCUUGGAAAAGAUGGGGUACAACGCCUGCACCCUGCACGGCGGGAAGGGGCAGGAGCAGAGGGAAUUUGCCCUCUCCAACCUGAAGGCCGGGGCCAAGGACAUCCUGGUGGCCACCGACGUGGCCGGGCGCGGCAUCGACAUCCACGACGUCUCCAUGGUGGUCAACUACGACAUGGCCAAGAACAUCGAGGAUUACAUCCACCGCAUCGGGAGGACGGGGCGAGCGGGGAAGAGCGGGGUGGCCAUCACCUUCCUCACCAAGGAGGACUCCACUGUCUUCUACGACCUGAAGCAGGCGAUCCUGGAGAGCCCCGUGUCCUCCUGUCCCCCCGAGCUGGCCAACCACCCCGAUGCCCAGCACAAACCUGGCACCAUCCUCACCAAGAAGCGACGGGAAGAAACCAUCUUCGCUUGAGACUCCCACCCCCCACCUCCUCUUCUGUCACCCCUCUGGGGACAACGGGACCAGCAGGGCUGGGGGCAUUUUGCUGGUGGCUUUUUUGCCCAGCCCCCCAGAUCCCUCCCUGCAGCCAGGACUGCCGACAGCAGAGACUGUCCCCAGGACUGUCCCCAGGACUGUCCCCAGAUGUCCCCCCUGUUUUCCCAGUCCCUCUCCACACCUUCCCCAUGGUCUGGUGGAGCUCCUGGAGGGUCUCUGGGGACAGGUCCCUCUCUGGUCACCUGUUGUCGGGUCAGUGCUGGGCUUUAGGGGUUUGGGGGGUGAGUUUUGGGGGGGUUGUCCCCAGAGCCCUGGUCACUUUGUCCCUUUUUUAGCUGGAAUUUUGGGCUGUUGGAAUAAACCCGCAGCCACCUCGCCAGA